AUGCCCCAAAGCAAAUUCUCCGUGUUUCGAUUUUACUUUCCUCCAACAAGAGCCUACCUGUCUUCAAAUGGCACAUCCUCUGAGGUAUCGGUUCUCGAAAAGAAUCCUUUCAGCAAAGGAAUAAUGUGGCAGUGGAUACCCCAACCUGCUCGCAAAGCCAUUCUCUUUCGAAACCUGGAUUCGAUGAAGUUCCUUUGUUUCAAUGUCAAAGGAAAGUUGGUUGCUCUCUCUGAAUUAAACCUUGAAAGGUGUUUGGUCGCCUUGGAAAUAGCUGAUUCAAGACACGACGAAACGUUCAAAAUACCCGGACCUGUUCGCAUCAAAUCAAGAACCAAAUUAAAUCAGAAAGCAGGGUUCUAUAGGAAUGGAUAUGCUUACGCGCCUGAUGAUUCGAGCAACGAGAUGGGCACGAGGAAUAUUCUUCCAAUUCGCUGGGAUGUCAUUACCAUAUGUGGGCCUAUUCCCAGAUACUGUUGGAUACCUGAGUGCAUAUUUGGCAAUGGUGAAUUCAAUAGAAAUCCUGGAUGUUUAAUCGAAUGUCACCUACUCAUACAUUGUCGUGAGAUGUCACCUCAUUUCCUACUUUCUCCGCAUGAUUUUGUCCUUUCAAUGACUUGA